AGAUGACGUAUGACGUAGUUAGCAAACGCACGUGCGUGUUCGCGCGAUAUCCAGCUGCUAAAUUAGUGUGGAGAUAAAAAACAAAUCAGAAUGAGUGACGUGGAGCUGGUGAAAAAGAUGCUGCGAGCUGUUCUUCAGAGCAGUAAGCACGGUGUGGCCAUGGCCCGUCUGCAGGGAGAUUACCGGGCUCUGACAGGAGAGGUGAUCCCUUACCGGCAGUUUGGACAUACCAGUCUAGAGAGUUUUCUGCGCAGUAUUCCCAGUGUGGUGCGGCUGGAACGCUCCAGUGCUGGAGAGGUCAUGUGUUUUGCUGGUGUGUGUGAGGAGACGGCACACAUCGCACAGCUGGUCGCCCGACAGAAGACUGUGAAGAAGUCCGGCUGCUCUAAAUUACUGAACUUCCAAAUGAGAGCGAAAUCUUCAUCUCUGUUUUCACAUAAUGUCAAACCUCGCUUGUCUCUGCGGCAACCGGGCCACAUGACUCAUCCCUCUCGAAGCUCCUCAUCCAAAUCUAAUUUUUACCCUAACCAGCGGCAGCUUUACAGUACUGACCUCCCCUCCUCCCGGGUUCCUACUCAGCAACUGAACAGGAAGUCACCAGGGUUACAGGGGAAUACAUUUGUACCCAGCAAGUUCAAUACGGAUUUAAAGACUCCGCCUUAUAAGACCAGUGGGAGACCAGCUCAGCAAAAGCCUGUUAACCGUGCUGAUGUUGAGGUGGUUCAGGGUCGCAUCAAACAGCUUUUGCAGAAGUACUGCAGUGGAGUCUGGCUGUCCAAAAUCCCUCAACUCUAUAGGAAUAUGUUUCAGGAAGAGCUCCACAUGCACAAAGAAGUGGAGAAAUGGACGCACAUCUGCACUGUUGAAAAGCCAGGCAGCAAUAACAUAGUUGACCGCCUUGUUUAUCCUUUCUCGGAACCUGCCCAAAAACCAAGCACUGUUCCUGCUUUAUCUCCAUGCAAGUGGUCUCCAAAUGCAAAACAGCCAACACCUGCCCAGCAAACAACCCGCAUCCUCAGAACUCUUGCCAUUAACAUUCCUCCUUCAGCCCAGAAAUCUCAGACACCCUUGAGCCCGACAUCGCCCAAUUCCACCAAGCUGGAUUUCACUCUCCCUGAAGCACCUAAAGCUCACCCUCCCUUGCUCAUCACCCCUCCUUCCACUCCACCUUCUCACCAGCCUCUGACUCCAGAGAUUAAGCAGAAGCUGCGUCAGCUGCUCAGUAAAUACAGCCAUGGCCUAUGGGCUCAUGCACUUCCACAACUUUUCCAGGAUGCCUUUGGGUGUGUAUUUCCACAGUAUGUGUUGGAGGAUUUGUCUCUGUUGGCAGAUACAUGUAUGGUUGAGUACCCCAUGCCGGACAAUCGAAAGAGGGCCAUACUGUAUGCAUUACCUUGCCAGGUGCAAGCACAGCCCCGUCCUCGCCCACCACCACUGGUUAUGCCCUGCACCGGCAAUCAUGUACCUCCUCUGAUCAUCCCAACAACAGAGUUCCUAUCUGUUUUGGUGAUGGAGGUCAGCAGCACAAACAACAUUGUUCUCAGGUUUGUGGGGGAAGUGUACUCUAAAGCUUUGGAGGUAUUGGAGGAGGCCAUGCUACAGUUCUAUAGUACAGUAGGUGCUGGACUUUGUCUUCUCUCCCCAAAAAUUGGACAACUCGUGGCAGUUGCUAUAGAGGAAGAUGCAGUACUAAGAGCUCAGGUCCACCAGGUCACAGAGGACAAUGUGAAGGUGUACUGUGUAGAUCACGGGUUCUUUGAAGUGGUCAGCAGGAAGAAGAUACUACAGCUGAGGGAUCAAUUCCUGACUCUUCCCUUCCAGGCAACCACAUGUCAACUUGCAGGUCUGGAGCCAUUCAGUACAGAUGCUGUAGUUCUGAAGACUCUGGACUCAUUAGCUGUUGGUCGUACACUGUUGGCUGAGAUUUUGGAGCGUGAGGACACACCCCUUAUUGUGCUGUAUGACACCUCUCAGAAUGAGGAUGUGAAUGUGAAUGCUGUAUGCUUAAAAGCCUUGCAGGAUAAGUCCAUGGAGAAUCCUUUACAGGUGAACAGUGUGUACACAAACGUGUGUGUGACAAAUGUGUGCUCGGAUGGCAGUAUUUACUGUCAGUUGCCUUCUCGAGGCCAGGCCAAACUCAAAGACAUCAUGGACAAGAUUGAAGCACAUUUCAUCUCUCAGUUAACAUGGGAGCUGUUGGUGUCCACGCCGUUCUGUGGGAAAGUGUGUCUUGCCAAACAUAAAGGAAAAUGGGCAAGAGCAGAGAUCAUUAACCUUCAUGGCAGACAAGUGUUGGACAUCCUGUUUUUGGAUUUGGGACUUCCUGCUUCUCUGGAGGUUAGCGAUCUCAGAGAGAUCCCGCCAAUCUACCUCAAAGAGCUCAUCACCAUACCUCCUCAGGCUAUAAAGUGUUUCCUGGAGGAACUAAAUGCAGAUGGGAGUGUUUGGCCACCUGAAGCUGUUCUGUGGUUGAGAGAGACAAUCCUCAACAAAGUCCCCAGUUGCAUGAAGAUAGUGAAGCUGGAUGAGACCAGGACUGUGCAUGUUUAUCUCUUCUCUGGCAAUGGAGCUCAGGACAUUCAGAGCAGUGUGAACCGUCAGCUUGCCUCCUGUCCAUUCUGGCAGCGGGAUGUCUACUUCAGCAAGAUCGCCAGGGUUUCUGAACCUAUCCUGCCAGAGGCAGGGGACAGCUCUUAUACAUCUCCUGCACAGUUGAAUGCCCUCACACUGCCCCCUCCGCUGGACUUACCACUAGUCGGGCAAAACAUGGAUGUGUUUGUGUCAGUUGCAUGCCACCCUGGGCACUUUGUGCUGCAGCCAUGGCAGGAUCUCUACAAGCUGGUGGUGCUGAUGGGAGAGAUGAUCCUGUUCUACAACAAACAGGACGUAACCCAAAUCAACAUCCAGAAGAAUAACGUCUACGCUGCCAAGAUCGACAACAAUUGGCAUCGUGUUUUGGUAAAGGGUGUCUUGACCAAUGACUUGGUCUCUGUGUAUGAGUUGGAUUAUGGGAAGUACGAGUUGAUCAACUAUUCCCAGCUCCAACCACUCAUCGAUGAGUUCAGGCAGCUGCCGUUCCAGGGAAUUUCUGCUCAAUUGGCUGGUGUCAAGCAAGGGGUCUGGGGUGAGGAAGCUUCUAUGGUGUUCCGCAACCAUGUGGAGAAAAAGCCGCUGGUGGCUCAGAUCGACUCACUCGAGGAGGGGGAGUGGCCCUGGGAGCGCAAAAUCUCCGUCUACCUAGUGGACACCACACAGGAGGACAAUGACAUCUGGAUCCACAACAUUAUGGUGGAGUUUUUAGAUGAGAUCAACAGAGCUGACUGACACUGCCACAGCUAGCCUUUCCGAGGACCAUGCUGAAACUUUGAGCCUGCAGAAACCUUGAUCUAGAAUUUGAGAGCAUUAACUCUAGAUGUGUUUGGUGCGUUAUUUUAUUUGUGCAUGCUCAAGAAUUGUUUCAGUUAUUGUCCUCAGUGCCAUGGGAAAAUGAAUUUCUUUACUUGUUUUUGCAGUUAUGAUUAAUAAUAAUGGUACAACAUUACCAAAUUAACUCGUUAUGACAUGGACAACUUCUCUUUCUGUCUCUACAAUGGGGCCAUUUUGGUACUUUGCUUUUUUUCACGUGUGUAUUGUGUGAGACACUACUGCUUGUAUAGAUUAUACUCAUUGAUUUUUGCACUUGGUUUGUGAUCUAAUUGUGUGUUUUCUAAAAGGAAGAUGGUUCAAUUGUAAAAGAACAUUUGUGUUCAGAUGCUCAGGUUUGUUUUAUUUCCAAGUUAACAUUUGGUUCAGAGCAUUAAACAAAAACAAUAUGA